AUGUGGAAAGCAAGAAUAAAAGACAUCAGACCUGAAAAGGAGGAGCCAGGUCGGGGUCGGGGGCUGCUCCCAAGGAACAGGAGACAGGACAAGAGCAAACGGCCUCUGAUUGUGCCAGGAAUAUUUCGGUUGGAUAUUGGACACAAUUUCCUCAUUGAAUGGAUGGUUAAGCAUGGUGGAACUGGCUGCCAAGGGAAGUGUCGGAGUCACCAUUUCCGGAGCAAUAUUGGUGCACGCGUGAUCCCAAAGCGAAAGGAGCUCCCCGGGGACCCUGAGGGCGAGGGACAAUCUGGUCUGUCACAGCAGCGCCUUUUGCCCCUGGCACUGGCCGGGCUCCACCGGGGCUGCUCAGGCUGGAAGGCUUGGAUCAGCCCUGGAAAGGCUGCACGAAUGCAGAUUGCCCUCGUGUUUUUCCAGGCUCCCAGACCAUCUGGCUCCGGCUCGGACAGCAGCCAGUGGGAUGAGGGGCUUGGGCAGCCUGACAUUUCUAUCUGGUUAUUACGUGAAUUUGGUAAUACCUGUGACGUUGAAUCACCUUGUCCUAUCAGGAAACAGGAGAGCUAUAAAUCACCCUCCAGUGAAGAAUUCCAGCCAAUUCCACAACUACCUGGUGAAGAACAGAAAAAACUUCUGAUCUUGGGGGAAACAACAGAGAUGAUUCUGGCAGUGGUGUUCCUGUGUUUCACAGCUGUGCUGCCUCCCUCCACUGGACAGGAAGCUGAAGCUCUCAGUGCUCUGUCAAGCAGCAGAGCAGAGCAGCAAAAGCUGAUUGUUGACAGACAUAAUGCCCUCAGGAGAGGAGUAAAACCAACUGCCAGCAACAUGAUGAAGAUGGAAUGGUGUCCUCCAGCUGCAGAGAAUGCCCAAAAUUGGGCCAAUCAAUGUACUUUAAGGCACAGUCCCCCUAAUCUGAGGAGAACCAAUGUACUUUGUGGUGAAAAUCUCUUCAUGUCCUCUGCCCCGUUCUCAUGGGAAGAUGUUCUUCAGGCCUGGUACAAUGAGAAGAAAAAUUUUGAAUAUGGAAUUGGGGCAAAAACAAAAGGUGCUAUGAUUGGCCAUUACACUCAGAUGGUUUGGCACAAUUCCUAUAAAAUUGGAUGUGGUUUUUCUUUCUGCAGCAACACUACGUACAGUUACUUUUACGUCUGCCAGUACUGCCCUGCGGGAAAUCUAAUAAGUUCAAUGAAGACACCCUACAAGGAAGGAGAGCCCUGCGGGGAUUGCCCCAAUGCUUGUGAGGAUGGAUUAUGCACCAACCCUUGAAAGCUUGAAGAUGCUUUUUUCCAAGACUCCUGGCAAAGUGUCCAGGAUGUACCCAGAGCUUUGUCAAGGCCACUUCUCUGCUCUUGUCAAUUCAAAACUGGAAUAAAAUAACAGGCUCAAUUUUUACCUUCCUGGACAUCCAUCUCCUUAAUGAAUUCUUCCACAAACAUUGAUUUCAUCCUGCCUCUCUAACAUGUGCAGAAGGACUGACUUGAGUACAGUGACUCACACAAGAAAAAUCUGUAGGAUGAUGUAUAUAUUCUAUUUAUAUAGUGGUCCAGAAUAUGGUAGAAAUCUUAAUUUAAACUUGUUGUUUGAUUGCCAGAUAUAUUUAAUUAUUAGCUUUUCUCAUCUUUCUUUUCCCAAAAUGUUAUUUAAUAAACAUUUUUUAAAGGUCUGUGGUUCCAUAUGUUUAUUAUGUUCUUGGCAUAGUGGAUAGUGCUUGGUCAUGUAACUACUUUUAACUUGAUUGAAAAUUUAAACUAUUGUACUGUUAACAGGACCACAAGAUAAACAGGACUGCUUGAAAUAUAUAAUUCUUAAAAGAAAUUAGGAGGGCAGAACAGUUUCCUCUAGAUCUAUUCUGGUUUAGAAUCUGUUGCUGACAUAUGUUCUACUGUAAAAUGCUCAGUUGUGAAAAAACACAAAAAAUACCCCAAAGAAACAAACCAAAUGUAGUUAAUUUAAAUUAAGACUCCUGUUUGUAGUGCAAGAUUGCAUUUAAAUACAGGUAACUAAACCUGCCUUGUAAAGAAAAAGGAGUGUCUGAGAAAAAGGCUUAAUUCACAACAACAGAUAAUCAAAAGGGGGAAGGUCCCUGCAUUUGGAAACUUUGUUUUUCAUAACAAGUAGACACGUGUUCCAAAAUUUUUUAGUAUCUUCUUUUGCUGUAUCAGUCUCUAAAUUAAUCAUUCUUCACUGACCAGUUCAUCAUAACUUUCAUUCUUUCUUAUUACCAAGAAAU